GCGGCGCCGUCCCCUCCGGCUUGCCAUCCUAGGAUCAUGGCGGCCACCGCCUUUUCUCAGCGGCUGCGUCUGCAGCCGUUGGCCAGGACUCCGCGCGCCUUCUUCGCCGCAGGGAGCUCGGCCGCUUAUGCUGCGGCACCGCGCGCGCGUACCGCCGAAAGAGCACCCAGAAGUGACGGGCAGAUGAGAAGAAAGGCCCUGCCUCCUAGGACGGAGAAGAUGACAGUUGAUCAGGACUGGCCUAGUGUUUACCCCGUGGCAGCGCCAUUCAAACCCUCAGUGGUGCCUCUUCCUAUUCGAAUGGGUUAUCCAGUAAAGAAGGGUGUGCCACUGGUAAAGGAGGGAAAUGUAGAGCUCUUGAAGAUUCCCAACUUUCUCCAUUUGACACCUGUAGCAAUCAAGAAGCACUGUGACGCUCUUAAAGAUUUCUGCACUGAGUGGCCAGCUGCACUAGACAGUGAUGAGAAAUGUGAGAAGCAUUUUCCUAUUGAAAUUGACACUGCUGACUAUGUGUCAUCAGGACCAUCCAUCCGGAACCCCAAAGCCAGAGUAGUAACAUUAAGGGUUAAACUUUCCAGUUUGAAUUUAGAUGACCACGCAAAGAAGAAACUUACUAAACUUGUAGGAAACCAAUAUUGCAAGACCACGGAUAUACUUACUAUCAAAACAGAUAGGUGCCCUUUAAAGAGACAGAACUAUGAUUAUGCGAUGUACCUGCUGACAGUUUUAUACCAUGAGUCUUGGAAAACUGAAGAAUGGGAAAAAAAUAAGACAGAAGCAGACAUGGAUGAGUAUAUAUGGAAAAAUAGCUCUUCGGAAAGAAAUGUCCUGGAGACACUGCAACAAAUUAGAGCUGCAGAGAAGGACGGGGAAGUGACAAGGGAAGAGCUGCUUGGCACCAAGGAAGUCGAAGAGUACAUGAAGUGUGUCGUGAGCCUGAAGAAUGACGGGGAGAAUGAAGCAAUCCUUUCCCAGUACAAAGAAUCAGUGAAGAGACUAUUAAAUUUGACAUGAAGAAUGAA